AUGAAUCCUGAGCUCAGGUGGUAUUUUGUUUUGUUUGUUUUAGAGCUGAUUAAAGCAGCUGAUUCCAAGGAAAACACAGAAGCAGACUGGUUUAUUUAUGACGACCAAGGGAUGAUUUUGCCUCACAGUAUUUUGGGUAGCCUGGAGGACUUCAGGAGUUAUGUGGAGGCCAGAGGAAAGACAGGGCUUUUGAAAAUAAUACCAAAUAGCGACCAUCCAUUUGGGGCUUUACAAAAACACAAACUCAAUGUUGUGGAACAUAAAAAGAAGGUCCUCCCAGCUGUCGAAAGAAAUGCUUUGGAGAAUUGGAAUGAAAAUAUGAGACUGCGGAGACGUCAACAAAAAAGUUUAUCUGGCUUACUGUGCAGGCCGGUUGAAAACCUACUGAUGAAUCAUGGUAACAGAUUCAGAGAAACACAGGAAAUAAGAGACAAGCUAAAUGAAGUCCUGCCGCUGGUUCACUCUGGUUAUGGUCACUGUGUAGGCUGUGAGUUCUGGAGGCUUCCCCAGCGUUAUGGAGAUGAAACGAGUGGCAUAACAGCUACUCUGACUAAGACAGAGAGAGGCAUCCGGGAACCUAGCGCCCAAGUUGGCUUACCAUGCAGCAUACGUCAGGAAUCAGGACUUAAGGAUACAGUGUGCCGUGCGUCUCGGGCAUGGAAUCAGAGCAUAUAUUUGAAGCAGCAAUGCCAGAAACUUGUGGAAGUUGUCCAGGAAGUGGAGUUCAAAAAGCCGGACAUAGAUAAACUGGAAGUAAUUGGCUCCUCUAAGCCAUUUCGUACUUUGACUUGCAAUGAAUCACUGGAGGAUGAAAAUAAAAAGAAUGAGCCCAAAGAUGCCCAUGAAGUCAUGGACCUGCAAAGUAAUGAUGUGGAACCAGAGUCAAAGAAUUCACCUGUCCCUGCCUUAAGGGUCUCUGGGCAACUUGCUAACUGGACUGGCAACUCUACCACUAAUCAGGGCCAGGUAGGGAUCAAUACCACUAUCUUGUUCGAGGGUCCCACUGGUGAACUGCAGUUGUCCCACCUGGAUCUGCACAAUGAGGGACCCACAGUCAUCUUCUACAGUUGGCAGCAGCUCCCUCUUCCUCAGCACUUUCCUCACCUGCUGCCGCUUUUAAAGAGACCACAUUUCUACUUCAACUCCUGCUCUGGUGUGAUCCUUCCCGGUGAUACCAAAAAAAUUGACUUUAUUUUCAAGUCAGACUCCCCAGGGAUCCAAACAGAGCUUUGGCAGCUAAAUACUCACCCUGUUCUACUACAAGGAGCCCCCAUACAAGUAACUCUGAGGGGCGUGGCUCUGUAUCAGGACAAAACGGCACAAUACCGGCUGUACAUUGAGAAAAAGUUGGAGAAGGUAGUGACAGUGAAAAUAUGUCAAACAAUAGUGUAUGACAUGGUGCAGGGGAUCCACACACCAGAUAGACCCAGUUCCCCCACAGAGCUCCAUCAAACUGAAGAGCAGGAGUUUCUUGGUAAAAACCCUAAGAUUUACUACAAAAACCAGCCAGUUGAGGAGCUGAAGAAAUUGUGGCAUCAAGUCAAACCAGAAAGCGACUGGGAUUUGUCUGUCAGCACUUUACGACAGGCUCUGCUCUCUUUACCUGUUACAGACACAGACGAUGUCUCCUUCAACCAAGACACAGGGCUGGCCCAGCUCAACUCUGUGCUCCUACAGCUCUCUGAACCUUCACGUAAAAUGCAUAGUGCAACACUAGCGGCUGUAGGGCCGCUGCUGUGGAGGGAGCCAUUAGACACCCUGACCAGUGAGGCUGUGAGGCUCACACACCUGCUCCAUCUCUCGAAGCAAGACACAUGGAUGGAUAAAAUAGAAAAUAAAAAAGAAGAGAUCUCUUUGGACCAUUAUGAAAAUUUGACUGCAAAUAUAAGUGAGGAAAAGAUUGAUAAAAAAGCAGGAGUUUCUAUAAAAGAGGAAAAGACUUUGACCAAGUCUAAAAAAGAAACAGUGGUGCCAGGCAAACAAAUUGAGGAUAGGAAGAAAGGCAGAGAGAGUCGCACUGGCCUGGAAAAGCCAAGGAAGUAUGGUCAUAGUAAGGAGGCCGAAUUACUUCUACAAGAACAUGCCAGUGAAGACCCUGCUUCUGACAUCAACAUCGUGGACAUUUACACCAGGCUUCUUCACCAAAAGGUUUAUGGACUGAUGGAAAUUCUCGUGGAGCACCUCUGUGACCUUUCUGAUGACGAGAGGCUUCCCUCUGAUACUGCCACAACACUGCAAGGGGAAAUAUAA